UUAUACAUUUAAUAUUGAAUUCUAUACUUUAAAAAAGCAUAAAUUAAGUUGAAAAUAAUAUUGAGAAGUUGCUGAUAAAAGUACCACCAUAUAACAAUCACCAUGCCGCCACAGGAAAAAUUUCAAAGCCACGUAUCAGAAUGCGUUACAACGAAUCAAGAAACUUGCCCGGAUCUUAUGGAAAGUGGUUGUUCGACUUCUCAAGGAACCAUUUGCCAGACCGGUAAAAUAGCUAAUUCAGCAGUACCAAUCGGUUACAAUAAGGAUGGCAAUGCCAAUAAGGAUAUUGACUUUGAUGAUUUACUACCAUAUGUUGGAGAAUUUGGACUUUAUCAGAAGAUACUUUUCAUCCUCAUGAUCCCUUUCGCCUUCUUCGUGGCUUGGGUUUACUUUUCUCAAAUUUUCAUCACUCUAAUACCCGAGGAACAUUGGUGUAAAGUUCCAGAAUUGGCGAACCUGUCGGUCGAGCAAAGGAUAUCGUUGGCUAUACCUCCAGCCGCCGCGGAUGGAAAUGGCGAGGAAUCAUUCACGACAUACUCGAGAUGUUCGGUCUACGCGGUGAAUUUCACCCAACUUUUAGAGCAAGGCAUCACAGCAGCCGAUCCCUCCUGGCCGAUUCAAAAGUGCCAACAUGGCUGGGAAUUCAAUUUUACCGAAAUUCCGUAUGCCAGUAUCGCAGCUGAGCUGGAAUGGGUUUGUGACAACGCAGCUCUGCCAUCUUUAGCACAGAGUAUAUUUUUCGUUGGAGCAAUAUUCGGUGGAUUAAUUUUCGGAUGGAUCGCUGAUAGAUACGGAAGAAUUCCAGCGCUUGUCGGUACAAAUCUGGCAGGUUUCAUUGCCGGAAUCGCUACAGUUUUUGCCACUAGCUUCUGGGAAUUUUCGUUAUGCCGUUUUUUAGUUGGCUUGGCUUUCGACAACUGUUUCACGAUGAUGUAUAUUUUAGUUCUCGAAUACGUGGGACCUAAAUGGCGAACGUUUGUUGCAAACAUGUCGAUCGCUUUGUUCUUCACUUUUGCCGCAUGUGUUCUACCCUGGAUAGCUUAUUUUCUGGCUGACUGGCGUUUAACUUGUAUCGCAACUUCUGGGCCCUUAAUCUUGGCUAUCGCAACACCGUGGUUGGUUCCGGAAAGUGCCAGGUGGUUAGUCAGUCAGGGCAAAGUAGACAAGGCUGUCUUAAUCAUGAGGAAGUUUGAACGAAUCAAUGGAACAACCGUCCCCGAAGGCGUCUACAAAGAAUUCAAGGACACCUGCGCCAGAAUUCAAAAGGAAGAAGAAACCGGCAAAGCUCAUUCUGUGUUGGAUCUUUUCAAGACACCACGAUUACGCAACAUCACCAUUCUCCUGAUAGUUAUCUGGAUGGCGAUAUCUUUGGUCUUCGAUGGACAUGUUCGGAACGUUGGUAGCUUGGGUUUGAAUGUUUUCAUGACAUUCACUGUAGCUUCCGCCACAGAACUUCCAGCCGACACAUUGCUUACUGUUGUUCUUGACAAAUGGGGUCGCAGAUGGUUAGCCUGCGGUUCAAUGGUAUUUUCCGGAAUUUUUAGCCUAUGGGCUUGUGCUGUUCCAACAGGCAUCUAUUCAGCGAGUCUGGCUAUAAUGGGACGAUUCUGCGUGAACAUAUCUUACAAUAUCGGACUGCAGUAUGCUGCCGAACUUCUGCCUACUGUUGUCAGAGCCCAGGGUGUUGCUCUGAUUCAUAUAAUGGGUUACGUCUCCAGCAUUGUUGCACCCUUCAUCGUUUACAUGGCUGUUUUGUCGCCCAUACUGCCGCUGUUAGUCCUCGGCAUCCUCGCCAUACUUGGUGGAGGACUGGCUCUCUUCUUACCGGAGACUCUCGACAAAGAACUUCCACAGACGCUGCAGGACGGUGAAGACUUUGGAAAGGAUCAGGGUAUAUGGGAUAUGCCUUGCUUGGCAAAGAAAGCUGACGACGAAGAAGUUCCACCACCUAUGAUUCGGUCUUUGGCUCAUGGAAGUAUUCGAGGUUCCAUGCGAGCGUCACUGCGUGGUGAGACCCUUAGGAGCAGCAUGAUUCAAAGAUCAAGUGUCAGGUCACGUAGAAGCGUUGCUCCAACGGUGCAAGUGGAAAGAUUGUAAAAAAAAACGAUAUUCGACCAUUAUCAUACUUCAAAAUUUGUACUUCAUCAUGAAAAAUUGUAACGAAAUAUGUGCACACAGGCUGUGCGUGGUAAAUGCAAGAGUGUGCAUAUGGGCGGAUCACACCUAAUCCCAGUCAGUCUAAUAAAGCCUGUCCGCAACAC